GGUACAGGUUGGUGGAGGGGGAAACGUUAGGUCCCUGGGCCCCCAGGGCCGCCACCGUGGCAGAGCCCUGCCCACUCCCUGCAGGGCUCUGCAGCCCGGUGUCCUCCGCCCCACACCCGUCUUCUGUCGGCCGGCCCGCCCUUGCCGCGUCUUAGCCCGGCCUGUCCCCACCUAGUCUCUACCUAAUCAGUCCUAGGCCCGGAUGGAGCACCGGAGCCCAUCCCCAGUUUACCCUACAGCAACCCACUCUCCUCGCUUCAAGCCUGAGGAUCGCCCCCACCCCCCGCCCUGGCCCACCUUCCAAUGCAGCCCACCCCUCGUAUUUCUGGAAUCCAGCCCCAGGCUGGCCUGGGAACCUGCUCCGGUUGGGAUCUGAGGGGCCUAGUGCAGUGGUUACAGCCCUGGGCUGAGCGUGUGGGCAUCAGGGUUCUAGUUCUGGCUCUGCUGACGAGCUGCUGUGACAGUCUAGCCUCUUUCCCUCCGUGGGCCUGUUAACCUAACUGAGUUGCUGCUCCACUCCGUGAGUUAGUCAGAGCGCCUCGGUUCCCUUCACUCUGCUGACCCGCACAGAAACAGCUCAGACUCUUUCUCUGCUGACAAAUUUUAGGUAGAGUUUGAGAAAGAAGAAACUGGGGGGCAGAGAGGGAAGUGAGGAGAAUCAGAUCCCAGAUCUUUGGGGAGAAGGAGCUGUAAGGAGCAGCUGUCCCUCCACCAAAGCUGGAGGGGUGGAAAGAGCAGGUUGAGGAGAGCCAGAGCCCACAGGCCUCCUAGGAUAACAGCCCCAAACAGGCUGGUGGCACCCUCCAGCUGAACGUGUUCCCUCAGCUCCCCAGGGCAUGUGGUCGUGAGACAGAACCCACAGACCCUGCAGGAACAGGACUCCCAGGGCCAUGGCCCAGGUCAGCAUCAACAGUGACCUUGACGAGUGGGGCUUAAGCACAGACUCUGGGGAGCGUGCCCGUCUGCUGCAGAGUCCCUCUGUGGACAUAGCCCCCAAGAGUGAGGGGGAGGCCCCUCCUGGGGGUCUGGGCAGAGGCACCACUUCCACACUUGGAGCCAUCUUCAUCGUUGUCAACGCCUGCCUGGGCGCAGGGCUGCUCAACUUCCCAGCAGCCUUCAGCACUGCCGGGGGAGUGGCAGCCGGCAUCACGCUGCAGAUGGCCAUGCUGGUUUUCAUCAUCAGUGGCCUCGUCAUCCUGGCCUACUGCUCCCAGGCCAGCAAUGAGAGGACCUACCAGGAGGUGGUGUGGGCUGUGUGUGGCAAGCUGACGGGCGUGCUGUGUGAGGUGGCCAUUGCCACCUACACCUUCGGGACCUGCAUCGCCUUCCUCAUCAUCAUCGGGGACCAGCAGGACAAGAGUGAGGUCCCCCCUCAGUGCCUACCUCAUCCCCCACCCCUCAGCCCUGGGGGUCAUGCGGUGGGCGGGAAAGAGCAUGGAACACCUGCCCAAGGCCUGGCCUGGGCCCGGCAUUCAUCUGGGAAUCCUCCCUCCUGGCUGCUGGGCCCAUUAGACAGAUGGAGGUCCCAGCAGAGGUGGAGGACCACACCCUGCAGUAGCCUGGCAUCACGUUCCGUCCUUCCUCCCUGUGCAGUUAUAGCUGUGAUGGCAAAGGAGCCUGAGGGGGCCGGCGGCAGCCCCUGGUACACAGACCGCAAGUUCACCAUCAGCCUCACUGCCUUCCUCUUCAUCCUGCCCCUUUCCAUCCCCAGGGAGAUCGGCUUCCAGAAAUAUGCCAGCUUCCUGAGCGUCGUGGGCACCUGGUAUGUCACUGCCAUCAUUAUCAUCAAAUACAUCUGGCCUGAUAAAGAGAUGACCCCAGCGGACAUCCUGAACAGGCCAGCUUCCUGGAUAGCCGUGUUCAAUGCCAUGCCCACCAUCUGCUUCGGAUUUCAGUGCCACGUGAGCAGUGUACCCGUCUUCAACAGCAUGCAGCAGCCUGAGGUGAAGACCUGGGGUGGGGUGGUGACAGCCGCCAUGGUCAUAGCCCUCGCUGUCUACAUGGGCACAGGCAUCUGUGGCUUCCUGACCUUUGGAGCUGCUGUGGACCCCGACGUGCUCCUGUCCUACCCGUCGGAGGACAUGGCUGUGGCCGUCGCCCGCGCCUUCAUCAUCCUGAGCGUGCUGACCUCCUACCCCAUCCUGCACUUCUGUGGGCGGGCGGUGGUCGAAGGCCUGUGGCUGCGCUACCAGGGGAUGCCGGUGGAGGAGGACGUGGGGCGGGAGCGGCGGCGGCGAGUACUGCAGACGCUGGUCUGGUUCCUGCUCACCCUGCUGCUGGCGCUCUUCAUCCCUGACAUCGGCAAGGUCAUCUCGGUCAUUGGAGGCCUGGCCGCCUGCUUCAUCUUCGUCUUCCCAGCUGGUGGGCGAUGGUCAGUUACGGAGUCCUCUUGGUUACCCUGGGAGCCUUCAUCUUCGGACAGACCACAGCCAACGCCAUUUUUGUGGAUCUCUUGGCAUAACCACUGCCUCCCAGGGAAUUCUUGGCCUUUGCCAUUGGACCCUGGAACCCAUCUCGUAGAGCUUCAGGACCACCCUGAGUCCGGCAUCAUUCCCCUCUACUGGUGGGAUGACAUCUGGACAUCCUUUUCCAGGGACAGUUCUGGGGUGAAAUCAGGCCCCACACCCCUGGACAGCUCAAACCCAGCUCCCUUCCUGCCCCCGCAUCCUGGCAGUGCCAUGGAUGGUAGGAGAGGAGGUCUCGUGUCACAGAAUAACCUUCCCCCCUCUUCCACCUCUCAACUUCUCCAUGCCUGGAAGCCAUGGGUGAAGAGAGUCGGUAGGUCUUGGAAGGAACAACUCAGCCUGACUUCCCUCUGGAGAAAGAGUGUGGACCAAGGGCUGCCAUCCUCCACAGAGAAGCCUGCCCUGGGUAGGGGCUGUGCUCAUUACCCCGGGACUCAGUGCCUGCUCCAGUCUGUCGGCAGCCCAGCCAGCAGUGGCUUCCUCCGGCAAGUUCCAAGGGUAGCACUGAAGUCAUACAGGUGCGCCGAGGCAGGCAGACUGAUGCCUUGUCCACUGCCUCCUGGGCCUGCGGUGAGCCUGAGAGCCCUCUUGCCCGUGGCUGGUUGACAUUUCCCAAGCCUUUUGGGGCCUCACCCUGUCUUUUUACCCAGACCUGAUGGUCCAGGCACCCCUCUGCUCCUCCAUCCCCAGACAUCACCAAGUCUAAUGUUUACAAACGGCGCCAGCCCAGCUCUGAGCCAGGGGCCAGGGGCCGUCCUGUGCCACGGUGCUGUGAGUAGGCCUCCCUUACCUUUCCCCAAGGCGGGGAGCGUGCUUUUCUCUCUCAGAUCCCUGAUGGCUCCCUCUUUUCAGAGGUACAGGGGUGGGUGAGGGAGCAUGCUGGGGACCCCAUACAGGCUGGGCUGGUGAGGAUCAAGGUGAACCUGUCUGGCAUCUUCACUUUGAAUGGCUGCUUCUCUUCUCCCUGCCCUGCACGUCCCCCACUUCCCUGCCAACCCAGCCUGGUACCCUGGAGACAAGAAAGGCAGCUGAGUGGCCACUGACGGGGCAACAUCUGAGUGUAGUCACGCCAGCCUAAAAGUUUCCCUUCCAGUGUGGAUCUUGUCUGCUCCUGUCCCCCAUCACCUCUUCACCACCACCCCAUUUUUCUAUGUAGCUCAGUCUCUCCUGUUCACAUAAGUAUGGGGGUGGGGGUGGACCAAACCCUCUCUCGUCCACUUCCUCAGCUCCACACGUCUACCAGGCCUGGCCUCGGAGGCCUGUCGGUCACACUGAGGUCACGCCUACGUUGUGCCCCGGGGAGGGGGGUGAGGAAGGAUAUCUUCCCCUUUCAUAUUUUGAACACCUUGGCCACUCACUUAGGCCAACCCUAGGCACCGUAUCAGGCUUCCUCUGCCUGGAACACCCAGCAUUUUCCCCGGCCCCUCGUGCCUAAAACCGCUGAAUGCAGUGGUGGCGUGAGAGGGAUCCCUGCCCUCUGGGCCGUGAGACUGAAGAAGCAGAGCCUGGUUGGGGCCAAACAGGCUUCUGCUCAGACCCCCGGACUGGGUGACCUGCCUUUCCUCACGUUCCCUGGGGGCCAGACCCACGUGGCCGUUUUCUCAGUCUGCUGCACAGCACCAGGCCCUGCCAGUGCCCACCCCGGAUACAGUUAGGAGGACGGCCCAUCAUCAGCAGGGCUGCACUGCCUCCUAAUGUUGGAUUUCAGUGAGGGGUGGGGGGAUGUAAGGGGAAAAUGAGCUGGAAUCUGGCCUAACCUCAGGAGCACCUUCCCCUGCCCUCUCUGCCAGGGCAUUUUACUGUUUCUUUUCUACUUGUGCACAUUCAGACCAGGGAGGAUGGUUAAUAAAAAGGGACUUGUGCUGCUGA